CAGCUCCCCCUCGGAUUGCUCAACGCCGCCCAGGGCCACCCCAUGCUGGUCGAACUCAAGAACGGAGAGACUCUCAAUGGACACCUGGUCAUGUGCGAUACAUGGAUGAACCUCACCCUGAAAGAGGUUGUGCAGACAAGCCCGGAAGGAGAUAAAUUCAUGCGCCUCCCAGAAGUCUACGUCAAAGGAAACAAUAUCAAAUACCUUCGCGUCCCCGACGAAAUCAUCGACCAGGUCACCGAGCAGCAGAAGGGUCAGCAAGGCGGUUUCCGUGGCGGUCGUGGCGGUCACGGCCACCAGUCAAGAGGCGAUCACGGCGGCCGAGGAGGCGGCGACAGGGGACGAGGAGGUCGUGGCGGUGGCAGAGGAGGCCGUGGAAGGGGGCGUGGCCAGUAG